AUAUGUCAGAAUUGUCACAAGCACAAAAACACAGAAGUCAACACAAAAUCAUAUAAGUUUAUGGAAUUAUACGGAACUCAAAUAAAGACACCCUAAGGCUUCUCGCCUUAGAAACCCAGCCACCAAAAUGAACAGCCAGGAAAGCAACGCGAUCUCUUCGUCCGAGAAGACUGUCAUCAAAUUGACUGACCGCCUCUCGUCUGACAUGGGCCGCCUCUGCCUGAACGAGCUCUACUCGGACGUGUCUUUUAUUGUGGAGGAUCAAAGCCUGCCUGCCCACUGCCUGAUUUUGGCCGCGCGCAGUGAAUACUUUCGCGCCAUGCUGUACGGAGGCAUGGCCGAGUCGCAGCAACGCCAAAUACAGCUGCCGGAGGUGCCGCUGGAAGCAUUUAAAGUAAUCCUCGGCUACCUUUAUUCGGCCACGAUGGAAAUUUUCACGUUGGACGUGGCUGCUCACAUCAAAGUGCUCCGUUUGGCCAAUCAGUAUGGCUUGGUGGAAGUCGAGUCAGCCCUAUCCGGACAUCUGCAGGAGAAUCUUAGCGUCAGCAAUGUGUGCAUGAUUCUGAAAACAGCGCGUCUAUACAAUCUGAACGAGCUGGCCGAAAAAUGCUUGAAAUUCAUGGACAGAAAUGGGUCCAAGCUGAUGGCAGAUGACUCCUUCCAAAAGCUGUCCCUGGAAUCCCUUAAAGAAAUUCUGCGGCGGGACACGUUCGUUGCCUACGAGGGUGACAUCUUUCUAUCGGUUUAUGAAUGGAUCCAGCACAAUCCGAGCGUGGACAGAAAGUCUGUGCUCUCGCUGAUACGUCUACCGAUCAUAGGUGUCGACGACCUGGUGCGUGUGGUGCGUCCCACUGGGAAUCGUCGAGCCGGAAAAAAUACUCGACGCCAUCGAUAAAGCGAUCGACCCGGAGAAUCGGCCCUACCGUGCUUCCGUGUGUCCUGACCUGGAUGUUACCAGCUACUGGAAUAAAGCGUCCCUCGUAACACUUGACGACAAUGAGAUUGUGAUCGCGCUGAGUUACUGUGCGCCGCGGAAGUCUCUAGCGACAUGUCACACUGGGAUCGCGUGGGCCGUGGCACAUUUGAAUUAUCGCCCUUCUGGCACGAUAUCUACUUCACGAGACGGGCUGUACGCUUUAUUCGUAUCGUGCAUCCAGAGAGUGGAUGCAAAAAUGUAUUAAGAGAUGUGAGGCUGACAGCCAUGCUUAUUGACAAUUUUCCAUAAAAGAUAGACUUGGAGAUCGUGCGGUGCUUCUCCUGACUGAGUCCAGACUUUAAAUGUAACCCAUCAUAUUGUAAUCAAAAGAAAA